AGGCGCCUCUAUUCGGGGAGUUACUGUAUAUUGAGGCCGCCUCAUGUGUGGCGACUUCGGAUGACGUCACUCCAUAGAUCCCACGCUUAAGCCGCUGUUUAUUUGGAUUUCACUCCCGUUUUUUAAAGUAUGCUUUCUCGUAACAUAUCCAAGGAAACCCUGGUUGGAACUGUCACACUGGGGUUCUUUUUUAUCGCCGGGUAUUUGCUCGGGAAGAGAAAAUCUUUCAGAAUGAACAUCUCCAAAAGUCACUGCGGCGGCAAAAACAACCCGCUGUUGCAGUACGUCCUGCGUCACUCCAUGAGGGAGCAUCCCGCCUUGGCCAACCUCAGAGAGAGGACACUGGAGCACAACAGCAGCAGUAUGAUGGUGGCAUGCGAGCAGUCGCAGUUCAUGGCCAAUUUGGUCAAAUUGAUCAAAUCCAAGAAGGCCAUUGAGAUCGGUGUGUACACGGGUUACAACACGCUGAGCAUGGCGUUGGCGCUGCCCGAUGACGGCGUCGUGGUCGCGUGUGACGUCGAUGAAAAAUACGUCAACAUUGGCAAACCCUUCUGGAAAGAGGCAGGGGUGGAGAAAAAGAUUGAUCUUCGCAUUCAGCCGGCGUUGACCACAUUAGAUGAACUGCUGGCUGCUGGCGAGGCCGAAACAUUUGACUUUGUCUUCAUUGAUGCCGACAAAGUGAACUAUGACCCCUACUAUGAAAAGUCCCUGAAGCUCAUCAAGAAAGGAGGCAUCAUCGCUGUGGACAAUGUUCUUUGGGGGGGCAAGGUGCUGCAGCCGGCCGCCGACGACUUGGACACGGUGGCCAUCGACAAGCUGAACAAGAAGCUGCACCGGGAUGCUCGGGUCAGUCUGAGCAUGCUCACCGUAGGAGACGGCCUCACGCUGGCCGUCAAACUGUAAUCCAAUCACUGCGAUAGUAUCAAUCGCUAAAAGGAACUACAACACCCCUGAGGUGCUAAUCCAAAGGAUGAAUGAAUUACUGUGAUUGUGAUUUUUAACUCCAUUUAUAGUUCCUUAAAUAGUGGCUGUUUAUUGCCUCAACUGCAGGGAGUACCAGGCAUUUAUUAGGGCUCAAGCAAUCAUUACUGUCAGAUUACUUUAAUUUGGAGAUUUGGUACGUGAUUUUUGUUGGCAAUAAUGUUUAUUAAAUGUUUCAUUAUGUAAUACAGUAAACCUCGGGUAUAUCGGAUUCAAUUGUUCCUACUGGUUUUGUCCGAUAUAAGCGAAAUCCGUUAUAUGCGUAUACCGGAAAAUGUCCGUUUUACGCAUAUAUCGGAUUUAUAUCCGGUAUAUGCGUAAAUCGAAUUUUAUCCGUUAUAAAAAGGCACUUCCUUGACUAUGUUUCCAAUGUACCUGGACUGGGCAAUGAAAAGAGACGUAAGGUAAUGAGAAUUUAACUUUAUUGGACUCUGAGCAUAACAAAUUGUUAAUUAAGCUAGGCCCCGUUACGCCCGUCAGGCCUACGUUAUUUCCAAUAGUGAGGUUAAGAUCUCAUUCACUGCUGUGCUAGUAUUAUUGACGUCACUCACUUUUAUAUUUGUCCUAAAUCUGGAGCCAGGAGAAAGACAAUAGCCAGUGACAUCAACAAGAUUAGCAUAACGAUGCGGCCAUCCGAUAUAUGCCAGGGAAAUUUAAUGGAAAUGCAUUGGAACGGGACUAGAAAUUUUGUCCGAAAUAGGCGAAAUUCGUUUAAAAAAAUCCGAUAUAUGCAAUGAAUUUUUAUUGGAAAUGCAUUACAGAAAAAUCGGUUCUUUUUUAUCUGUCCGUUGUGAGCGAAUUUCCGAUAUAUCCGAGGUUUACUGUAUAUUUAGUGAAUAUAUAAUACAUAAUGUUUUAUUCCCGUCCACAUAAAAAUACUGUAUAUUACAACCUA